AUGGCCAGUGUGGCAAGAGUGUGCUUCACUGUUUCCAAAGCUACAAAGGAUAAACUAGGUGUUAUUUUUAGUGACCUUCAAUACAGCCUGGCCCUGGAUUCUGAGAAGACAAAGAUUCUUGCCUCCUUCAGCUCUAAAUCUCCUGUUUGGAAUUCAGGUUUCAAGAUUGGGCUUGAACAAAAAUGCAAGGAUCAUGCCAUCAAUUUACCUAGCUGCAUUGAAGAUACCCUGACUCCCAUCACCUUGAGGCUCAAUUAUAGCCUUGUGGGGAACCCCAUUGAUCAAGCCCAGAGACUCCAGCCGAUCCUGAGCCAAGAGUCCCAGCAGAUCUACACUGCCCAGCUCCCCUUUGAGAAGAACUGUGGCAGUGAUGGGAAAUGUGUAGAUGUUCUACAAACCUCAUUUACUUUCUCAGGCCUGAAUACUGUAAUUGUAGGCCUGACUCUUGAGCUCAAUGUAACAGCGUCUAUCCGGAACCGUGGAGAGGAUUCCUACAGCACUACUAUCAGCUUCUCCUACCCAGCAGGACUGUCGUACCGCAAGGUUACUUUGCUGCAGUCCAGCCAAAAUGUUGUCAGCGUGAAGUGCCACUCGGCUCCUGUCUCUGAAGAACGUGCCAACUGGACUGCCACCUGCAACAUCAACCACCCAAUUUUCUGGAGUGGAGCAGAGGCUAUCUUUGUUGCCACAUUUGAUGUCUCACCUGGUGCUGACUUAGGAGACACUCUACGGAUCAUAGCUAAAGCCAACAGUGAAAAUGGAGGAAACAUCACCAAUCGUAUGAUUCACCAAGAAGACUUGCCUGUCAAAUAUGCAGUAUACAUUAUGGUCACCACCGCUGAGGAAUCAACUAAGUAUGUCAACUUUACGACUGGUCAGGAAGGCUCAAGAAAGAGUGUGGAGCAUCGCUAUGAGGUGAAGAGCUUUGUGACUUGUGGCAGGGAGAAAUCAUAA